UAGAUAACCGCUAACAACAGUUAUCAAGACGUAGUGUACUCAUACUAUCAUUAUUAUCGCACUGUAAAUGAUAAUAUACAAAAUUCAAUGCUUAAUUUAGUGUACGAGCGUAGCUAGGAAGAGGGGUCAUAUUCAGUGGCUUUUUUUACAAUGUCUCCAAGAGGUCCAGGUUACGCUACUCCUUUGGAGGCAACGAAGGGUCCACGUGAAGAAAUUCUGUACGUCACAUGCGUUCAACCGAAUGGUGGCGAAGGCAAACACGACCUGCUGGCAACGAUUGACGUGGAUCCGAAAUCGUCGACGUAUUGCAAAAUCAUUCAUAGAACCUACACCCAUCACCCCAACGAGGAGCUCCACCACUCAGGUUGGAACAUAUGCUCAAGUUGCCACGAGGUGAAAGGAUGCCACAAUGUUCCAAAACGGAAUAAGUUGUUAAUGCCUUGUUUGGCUAGCAAACGGAUUUACGUUGUGGACACAGGAAAAAAUCCGAGAGCACCAGAGAUAUGCGCGACGAUCGAGCCCGUCGAAUUUGACGCUUUGGAUCUUUCGUAUCCGCAUACCACUCACUGCCUCCCGUCAGGUGAAAUAAUGGUUUCCACCAUGGGGGAUAACAAAGAGAAUUCGAAAGGCGAUUUCAUGCUUAUUGACGCUGAGACUCUUAAAGUUAAAGGCACCUGGACCGUUGGAGAAAAGGCGCACUUUGGCUAUGACUUUUGGUACCAACCCUUCCACGACGUAAUGGUGGCUUCAGAGUGGGCGGCGCCUAAUGUAUUUAAAUGUGGGUUUUACCCCGACCAUCUUGUUGGGGAUCGUUACGGAAAAUCUUUGAAUAUAUACUCUUGGAAAGAUAGACAGCUAAAACAGGUUAUUGAUCUGGGACGGGACGGUUUUGCCCCGCUCGAGCUAAGAUUUCUGCACAAUCCGAAAGAGAGCCAAGGAUACGUUGGAUGCUGUGUUUUCGCGAACGUGUUCAGGUUCUUCAAGAAGGAGGACGGAUCUUGGGACGCCCAUAAGGUUAUCUCGGUGCCAGCGAAGAAGGUGUCUGGCUGGGUUGCGGACGAAAUCAACGGAAUGAUGAGCGACAUCCUUAUAUCGCUGGACGACAGAUACCUGUACUUCAGUAAUUGGUUGCACGGAGAUGUAAGACAGUACGACAUAACUGACCGUGAAAAUCCGAAACUGACCGGUCAAGUGUUUCUCGGAGGUUCAAUUUUAAGCGAUUCGGGCGUUACCGUCGUUGAAGAUCGGGAAUUGAGUGCCCAGCCGGAUCCCGUCUUUAUAAACGGCAAACGCCUGUACGCUGGACCACAAAUGCUACAGUUGUCAUUGGAUGGGAAACGUUUGUAUGUUAGUUCCAGCUUGUAUUCGCCAUUCGAUCGCCAGUUCUAUCCUGAUGUGUUGGAGAAAGGAGGAUUUAUAGUUAAAAUUGAUGUUAAUGUGGAAAAUGGCGGGAUGACAUUGGACAAAGAUUUCCUCGUGGAAUUUGACGGAGAGCCUGACGGUCCUAUUUUGCCCCACGAGAUGCGUUAUCCUGGUGGCGACGUCACGUCUGAUAUUUGGUUAGCAGAUGGAUAAUAAAUGACCUCAGGAAACAUUAUGGUCGAAUGCAUGUUCUAAUUCGUGAACAGUGAAUCUUUGAGAAAAAAACCGCUUUAGUGAUAAAUAAAUAUUACUAGAAGAAUA